UGCGGAACUCCCUUUACGCCGAUGAUGAUGAUGAUGAUGAUGAUGAGGAGGAGGAGGAGGAGGAUGUUGUGAAGGCAGGUUGUAACAGACUGAGCCGCCCGUCCAUCGAGCUCAGAGGCGGACACACACUUCCCAUCAUUUAUUCAUGCUGCGAAACAGUCUGACGGAGAAGCUACCGCCUUUCAGCCGUCGUUUCCUAACGAUACACCGUGAUAUAAAAUAAAGAAGGCUAAUUCAGAAUACCCACCGCCUCUCUGCUUGUGUGACCGUGGAGGACACCCACCUCCCAGGCCGUCAUCAGCAGCUGGCUCCCCAGCGGACGUUAGCGGCUAACCGGCUAACGCAAGCAGGUUUUCAUUUUUCUUGAACCAUCACUAUGAUAAUCAAAGAGCUGUGUUUCGACUUUACACCGGAUCUCUCCCAGCUGUGAUGGAAAGGCAACACUGACUUGAGAAGGACCAUAAAUCCUGGAUGCUAUAACGUAAGGGACGUUGUCAAUCAAAGAUGGAGAAAAAGAAACCAUGCCCUCGCCUCCUCGACUACCUGGUGGUGGUCGGAGCAAGGCAACCAAGUAGUGACAGUGUGGCCCAGACCCCUCAGCUCCUCCGCCGCUACCCGCUGGAGGACCACCAUGACUUCCCACUUCCACCAGAUGUGGUGUUUUUCUGCCAACCAGAAGGCUGCCUGAGCAUACGCCAGCGCAGGGUUAGCCUUCGCGAUGAUUCGUCCUUUGUUUUCACGCUGACAGACAAGGACUCGGGAACCACUCGUUACGGAAUCUGCGUCAACUUCUACCGCUCCUUUCAGCGAGGGCAUCAUCGCGCCCGUGGGGACAAAGGUGGCCAUGCGGAGACGUCCUCACAGGCAGCAGAGACCGCUAGUGAUGGAUCAGAUGCCAGCAGUGGAGGCCCACCAUCCUCAGUGUUAUCGCCACCUAACAAUGCUGAGUCGACAGCUACUUCCGGGGAAGAGAGCGGAAAGCCAGGUGCCGAGCCAAAUGCCGGCAAGUCCCCGCAGCACAGACGCAGCGCCGCUAAGAUGGCCGCCAGGAACCGCAACAGCACGCUGACCUCACUGUGCAUACUCAGCCACUACCCCUUCUUCUCCACCUUCAGGGAGUGCCUUUAUAUUCUCAAGAGGCUGGUGGACUGCUGCAGUCAGAGGCUCACCCAACGAGCUGGGCUCCCUCGCACCACCCAGAGGGACACGAUGUGGCGGGUGUUCACGGGGGCGCUGUCGGUGGAGGAGAAAGGCAGCCAGCUGCUGGCCGACCUGCGGGAGAUCGAGUCCUGGGUGUACCGGUUGCUUCGUUCCCCGGUACCAGUGGCAGGUCAGAGGCGUGUGGAUGUGGAAGUCCUGCCCCAUGCACUCAAACGGCCGCUCACAUUUGCCCUGCCUGACAACUCCCGCUUCUCCAUGGUGGACUUCCCCCUGCACCUGCCCUUAGAGCUGCUGGGUGUGGACGCCUGUCUCCAGGUCCUCAGCUGCGUGCUGCUGGAGCACAAGGUCAUUCUUCAAUCUAGAGAUUACAAUGCUUUGUCAAUGAGCGUCAUGGCCUUCGUUGCCAUGAUCUACCCUCUGGAGUACAUGUUCCCCGUCAUCCCCUUACUGCCAACAUGCAUGGCCUCUGCUGAGCAGCUCCUUCUUGCCCCCACCCCCUACAUUAUAGGAGUACCCGCCAGCUUCUUCCUCUACAAAGCUGAUUUCAAAAUGCCAGACGACCUUUGGCUUGUGGACCUUGACAGCAGCAAGGUUAUUGCACCUACCAAUGCAGAGAUCCUACCACCUCUUCCAGAGCCUGAGGCCCUCGAGCUCAAGAAACAUCUCAAACAACUCUUGGAGUGUCUGGUUAGGUUGACCGUGAUCACCCAAAAGCAGAUCUUCUCCUCUGAAAAUAAGGCCUUGGCCAGCAUGAGUUUAAACACCCAGCCCAUUCUGAACCUGGAGAAGUUUCAGGAAGUUCAUGAGAUGCCCCUGCUCCCCCCCGGACGAGACAAAGCCUCGCCUUCCUCCACAGAGUUCAACCCCCUCAUUUACGGCAAUGACGUUGAUUCUGUGGAUGUAGCAACCAGGGUCGCCAUGGUACGGUUCUUCAACUCCCCAAAUGUUCUCCAGGGGUUCCAGAUGCACACCCGCACACUGCGCCUCUUCCCCCGGCCUGUGGUGGCUUUUCAGGCCACUUCUUUUCUGGCAUCUCGGCCUCGCCGCUCUCUCUUUGCAGAAAAACUUUCUCACACCCAGGCUGUGGAGUACUAUGGAGAGUGGGCUCUCAAUCCUACCAACGUCGCGUUUCAGAGGAUACACAACAAUGUGUUCGACCCCUCCUUAAUCGGGGACAAGCCCAAGUGGUACGCACACCAGCUGCAGCCUGUACUCUACCGAGUGUACGACGGAAGCUCUCAGCUGGUUGAAGCUAUGGCUGGCCCCUUGGAGGAUGAGGGCAACGAGUCAGAUCCCACAGACAGUGGCAGUGACAGCGAGGCUUACGAUGACUCCAGCUCUUCCUACUCCUCCCUUGGAGACCUUGUGAGUGAGAUGAUCCAAGGUGACAUCCAGGGAGACACACCAAGCUUGGACCCGCCUACCCAUGCUGCACUGGGAGACGCUAGUGAGGUGGAGUUUCAGGACUUCCAUGACUUCAGGGAAGGCUCGGAGGGGCCAUCCAGUGGGGACGGGCCUGCAGAAGCCUCUGAUGGACAACCUCUUCGCUCCAGCUCCAGCACAACUGCAAGCUCAAGUCCCAGCACGGUCAUCCAGGGAGUCAACCAGGAGCCGGGGGAAAUCCCUACAAUUGAAGUACCAGCAGGUGCCGCUCUGCAGAACCCUGCCUCCGGAUUGGUCAGUCAGCCGCUCCUCAGGCCUCCGGCUGACGCUGGCCUGGCAGACCCAGCCAACAAAAAGCAGGAGUAUGACAACCCGUACUUUGAGCCUCAGUAUGGCUUCCCCUCAGAGGAUGACCCUGAUGCAGAAGAGCAAGUGGAGUCAUACACCCCCCGAUUCAACCAGAACCUCAAUGGCAACAAGAUACAGCGUCCUUUACGUCCCAGCAGCCUGAGGCUCCCUGGAGAGUCUGAUGGAGAGGGAGACAACAGCUCACCAAACUCCACCAUUUCCAACAGCAGCACUGACGGUUUUGGUGGACUCAUGUCCUUUGCUAGCAAUCUUUACAAGAACCACGGCACCAGUUUCAGUCUGUCCAAUCUUGCUCUUCCGAACAAGGCAGCGAGGGAGAAAACACCUUUCCCCAGUCUCAAAGGCGCACGUGCCCCUCGAGCACUUGUGGACCAAAAGUCUUCAGUAAUCAAGCACAGUCCGACGGUGAAGAGAGAAUCGCCCUCUCCUCAGGGCCGAGUCAACAACACAAGUGAGAACCAACAGUUCUUGAAGGAAGUGGUGCAGAGCGUUCUGGACGGUCAGGGAGUCGGCUGGCUGAACAUGAAAAAAGUUCGCCGCCUGUUGGAGAACGAGCAGCUUCGUGUGUUUGUGCUGAGUAAGCUGAACCGAACAGUCCAGUCGGAGGAUGACGCCAGACAGGAGGUCAUACGGGAUGUGGAGGUGAGCAGGAAGGUGUACAAAGGCAUGCUGGACAUCUUGAAGUGCACAGUUUCCAGUCUGGAGCACUCCUACACCAACGCGGGCCUCGGAGGAAUGGCCAGUGUCUUCAGCUUAUUGGAAAUAGCACGCACACAUUAUCAAACCAAAGACCCAGAAAAACGCAAGCAAAGCCCCACAGACAGUGCUGACAGCCCGGGCAGUAAAGAGAGUUCAACCGGUCGCAUGGAGACCGCCCGCCCUCAGAACCUCCUGAACGUCCCACACCUGCAGGUGCCGCACCACGCAAUGGGCAAAGGAGCCCGCCAUUUUGAUACCCGGAGUCUGAACGAGGAGAACUUUAUUGCCUCGAUUGAAUUGUGGAGCAAGCACCAGGAUAAGCAAAAAGCUAUGGAAAAACCACAGAGGUCUGACGGAGCAAAGCAGCAGCGCCCCCAGGUGACUGAUGCUGAGGAGAAGAAGUCACAGAUCAGUGCUGACAGUGGCCUCAGUGUCUCUGGAUCUCAGAAGAGCGACACAGAGUCUGUAACUAGCUCAGAGCCACCGAUUCUGACAAGAAGCACCAGCCAGGACUCAGAGGCCAGCACAGUGAUCAGCAACAGCUCUGGAGAGACUCUCGGAGCUGACAGCGACCUGAGCAGCACAGCAGGAGACGGCCUGGGGGGGAGGAGGACUGCUCACUUAACUCAGUCCCGAGGGACUCUCUCCGACAGUGAGAUUGAAACCAAUCCAGCCACCAGCUCGGUGUUUGGGAAGCCUCACACUCUGAAACCAACCGCCAAAGAACCGGCAGUCGCUGCAGCGAAGGGCCCGCCUGCACUGCCCGUGGAGGACAUCAGUAUGAGGAUUUACCUCUGUGAAGGCCUGCUGGGCCGCGAUAAGAGCUCCGUUUGGGAUCAACUAGAGGAUGCUGCCAUGGAAACCUUUUCUCUAAGUAAAGAGCGCUCCACACUGUGGGACCAAGUGCAGUUCUGGGAGGACGCCUACUUGGACGCUGUGAUGUUGGAGCGUGAGGGCAUGGGCAUGGACCAGGGACCCCAGGAGAUGAUUGAAAGAUACUUAUCACUUGGAGAUCACGACCGCAAGCGUCUGGAGGACGAUGAAGACAGACUUCUGGCCACCCUGCUGCACAAUAUGAUCGCUUUCAUGCUCAUGAUUAAAUUGAACAAAAAUGACGUCAAGAAGAAAGUGAGGCGUUUGAUGGGGAAGUCCCACAUUGGCCUCACAUACAGCCAAGAGAUCAAUGAGACACUGGACAAACUGCCCAACUUGAAUGGCCGAGAGCUGGCCAUCAGGCCCAGUGGAAGCCGUCACAUCAAGAAGCAGACGUUUGUUGUACACGCUGGCACGGAUACCACCGGCGACAUCUUCUUCAUGGAGGUGUGUGAUGACUGCAUCGUCCUGCGCAGCAACAUCGGCACCGUGUACGAGCGCUGGUGGUACGAGAAGCUCAUCAACAUGACCUACUGCCCCAAGACCAAGGUGCUCUGUCUCUGGAGACGCAACGGCCAAGAGACGCAGCUCAACAAGUUCUAUACCAAAAAGUGUCGUGAACUCUACUACUGUGUCAAAGACAGUAUGGAAAGAGCUGCAGCGAGACAGCAAAGCAUCAAACCAGGUCCGGAGCUGGGUGGAGAGUUCCCGGUCCAGGACAUGAAGACUGGAGAAGGAGGACUGCUGCAGGUCACACUGGAAGGAAUCAACCUUAAAUUCAUGCACAGCCAGGAGCGGAAGGUUUUCAUAGAGCUGAGUCACAUUAAAAAGUGCAAUACAGUGAAGGGAGUCUUUGUCCUGGAGGAAUUUGUUCCUGAAACUAAAGAAGUGGUGAUCCACUAAGUACAAGGACCCCCAUGGCUCAUCAGAUCUGUUACUCCGUCCUCUGCCUUUUCUCUUACGUGGCGGCGGUGAAGGGGAAGGAGGCGGAAGGAAAACCCAAGAUGCUGUCACCGAGACCCCUUCCUAGCUAGUCUACGAACCCCCCCCCCCUCUCCCUCCCGAGUGAGUGCUGCUCUAUGUGUAAUGGCACCUCAGCUCUCCAACCACAGACUUCUGACAAUCCCCUAACUUGAUUCUAAGCACACGAUGCCCAGCGCCCUCCUCUUGUAAAUACAAGCCCGAGACCCUCUUUUAGCCCCUGUUGUGUAGACGUGUUUAGUCCGUGACGUUGUGUAAAUACUGCCCUCACCGCUGUCGUCCUGACGCUCAAACCAACAGCUCAAUGUUUGCCUGCCCCUGCUCCACAUCACUCUCCUCGGCCUGAAAGUCUUCGAUUGUUCCUGCUGCCAAGACCCAACUGUUUGAAGAAGUGAGGGACCCCCCGCACCCCACGAGGCACAGAGUGCAUGCAGGUCCCGUGCACAGCCUUGACUUUCACUACAGAGUAGCCCCCCCCCGUGUCCAUUCGACUGUGUGAGUUAUUCUGUGAUUCUGUGGUUUACUGUAAAGUUCCAGUCCGUCCGAGUUUAAACUGGUUAACACUCCUGUAGGUUCUGAAGGCUUCUGUACGGCAGCCGAGCAGCGCAUGUAAACGCUUCUUCAAAGUGUUGGAACCCUAAAAUAAUGUGAGUGUUCUUCGCUGUGUCCCCCUCGCCCUCAAUCGGACCCCCCCCGGGCUGAAUUACUGUUCUAGUUCUGCUGUAAAACUUCUCGUCUGUGGUCUGCUGU